UGGUUAGCUUUAAUGUCGGCUAAAAGGACCGUUAGAGCCGCUGAAUGUGACAGACGGCUUUCGGAGAGCGGAGUUGCUUCGUAUAUAUACUUAAUUUAAAACUUUUUUUUUUUUUAUUUUAAAUCUAUUUUCUAUGGAAUGAGCCACUUCUUUAUAGUAAAGGAGUAUUUUUUUAUACGGUUUAGUUUGAGACGAGGAGAAUUCUGGGCUGGAUACCAGGACUGCUGAGCUGAUUGGUGACGUGAUCCUGCCAUGCGUGAAUACAAGCUUGUGGUGUUGGGCUCCGGAGGCGUGGGCAAGUCCGCACUGACAGUACAGUUUGUCCAGGGCAUCUUCGUGGAGAAGUAUGAUCCCACAAUAGAAGACUCCUACAGAAAGCAAGUGGAAGUGGAUGGGCAGCAGUGUAUGCUCGAGAUUCUGGACACAGCCGGCACAGAGCAGUUCACGGCGAUGAGAGACCUGUACAUGAAGAACGGCCAGGGCUUCGCUCUCGUCUACUCCAUCACAGCACAGUCCACGUUUAACGACCUGCAGGAUCUACGAGAACAGAUCCUACGAGUAAAGGAUACGGAAGAUGUGCCGAUGAUUCUGGUUGGUAAUAAGUGUGAUCUGGAGGACGAGCGAGUGGUGGGAAAGGAGCAGGGACAGAAUCUGGCUCGUCAGUGGAACCACUGUGCCUUUUUAGAGUCCUCGGCAAAAUCGAAGAUCAACGUCCUCGACAUCUUCUAUGACCUGGUCAGACAGAUAAAUAGGAAGACGCCAGUGGAGAAGAAAAAAGCGAAGAAGAAAUCCAACUGCGUGCUCCUGUAGUGUCGUCCUCCCGACGGCACCUCGGAGCCAAGGCGCUGUAAUGAAGAAGGGUUGCCCCGUUUGGAAGGGUUUUGCCAUCCUCAGCGAGUGAAUCUAUGGAACAGUGAUGAACUUGAAGGAUACACAAAGAAAAAGAAAAACAAACACGUGGAGUCGUUGGUUGUUUUGUCUUUUUUUGUUUGUUUGUUUUGUUUUUUUUGUGUUUUUUUUUUUUUUUUUUUGGAUUCCCAAACGUCUGAGGAGAAACGUUCGUUUAUCACAACCUGAGUAUGACUCAUUUUUUGGUAUUCCUCAGGAACACUGAGCAUGAUAUCUUCUGUAAAAAAUCCAACAAUAAACACACAGCAUCUUUAAUUUCAUUUCCAAACCAAACCCGCUUCAACCAGAGAUCCAGGGAGCUGAUUAAAUCACCCACAGACGACUCGGUAUUAAAGUAAGGACUUUAUAUAUAGAGGAAAAGGCUUAAUCCUACAACGGCAUCAAGAAAAGAGAGAAUUUUCAGGGGAUUCGGAAGGAAAUGCGUAACUGUGACCCAUAAUUUGGUCUCCUUACAUUUCAGUACCUAAAGAUUUAAUUCCUUUUUUUUUCUUUUUUUUUUCUUUUUUUAAUUUUAAACUCAAAACUGUCUUUAUGAAGAGUUCUCUUUUCCAUUCACAGUUCAGGAACUAAUUAUCCAUUUCUUCUUCUUCUUCUUCUUCUUCUUCUUCUUCUUCUUGUUUUAAUCUCUGCAUCAGCAUGACUGCAUGAUGUAGAUGUUGUAAAUGAAACGAAUUUCAAGUGUUGACUUUUUUUUUUUUUCUUUUCUUUUUUUUUUUUUUCCUUAAGUAUUUCAUUCUCAAAGCCAUUUGUGUAAAAGUUUAUAGACGAAGGUUCGUAAGCUGUAUGUAAUUAUACACCGUCUCCCUUUGCAUCAAAUAAGGACCUGACCCCUGACCUGUGACUGUUUUUGUACUUUAGUCGCUCGGCUUUCGUAGCUUCUUCCAUAAACGUAAUCUGAUAUUCUAUUUUUUUGGACGUGUAAGACUUUGCGCCUUUUUAUAGACGGGAGAAAAUGGGUAAAAUGCCAGACUGAUUUGUAGGUCUUCUGAGUUUUGAAUAUAUUGUACUAUAUCUCCUUUUAGUCCUUCUCAUGCAUUUCUGUCAGAAGUCGUUCUGGCUUUUAUGGUUGAUUAAAAAUCAGAUAAUUAGCUUUUUUUUUUUUGUAUAAAGUUAAAAAAAAAAAAAAUUUCUGUUUUUUGAAGAUUUGACUUGUGUGAAAACUGAGUUUGUCACGAUCACUUGUCAUUAUUUAGAUCUAAAAAUUUUUAAUGAUUUUUAAAUUUAGGUUCUAAUUCGGGGUGGUAUGUCGAAUAAAACACUUGAUGAGCUGGGAAAGUAAUCAAUAACGAGGUGGCGUUACUGUUAGUACACUGGAGUUGAUUAUUUUCUAAUAAAAGCAGGUCCGGAUGAAAGAA